AUGUUCCUUAAUCUCCCUGCCAUGAACAACAAACACCUUUCUUUUUAUCAUCUCCUCCUACUCUUCAUCUUCCACCUCCAGCUCACACCUUCCGCCGCCGUUGAUUUCAUCAUCAACUCCUUCAGUUCCUCCUCCAUCUCACUUUAUGGCAACGCCACUGUCCAAUCCAACAUCCUCACCCUCACAAACUCCACUCCUAGUCAAAUUGGACGCGCUUUGUACCCAGAGAAGAUCCCCACAAAGAAUUCGUCGUCACUCCUCCCUUUCUCCACCUCCUUCAUCUUCGCCAUGGCACCCACCACAAACGUUCUUCCAGGCCACGGCUUAGUAUUUCUGUUCACCCCAGUCACCGGGAUUCAGAACACAGCCGCUGCUCAGAAUCUUGGUCUGUUUAGUAGAGGAGUUGAUGGGAAUUCAAGCAAUCAUGUGUUUGGUGUUGAAUUUGAUGUGUUUAGAAACCAAGAGUUUGAAGAUAUUAAUGAAAACCAUGUAGGUAUCGAUGUCAAUUCUUUAACGUCUGUUAAUUCAACGGAUGCUGGGUAUUAUCAAGAUCAAGAUGGGGUUUUUAGAGGAUUACAGCUCAACAAUGGCCGAAACUAUCAAGUGUGGAUUGAUUACAAAGAUUUUAUGAUUAAUGUGACUAUGGCUCCUGUCGGGAUCAAGAAACCCACCAGGUGUUUGAUAUGUGUCCCGUUGAAUUUAUCCGAUGUUUUUGAAGAUGAAAUGUAUGUGGGAUUUACUGCUGCCACAGGACAAUUGAUUCAAAGCCACAAGAUCUUGAGUUGGAGCUUUAGCAAUUCGAAUUUCUCAUUGAGUGAUGAUCUGAUUACCGAAGGACUCCCUUCAUUUGUGCUUCCUGGUAAGCCUAUUUAUCGAUCAACAGGGUUCAUCGUUGGUUUAACAUUGGGUAUACUCUUCCUUCUCAUCACUUCUAGUUUUCUUGGUUUUAUUUGGAUCAAGAGAAAGAGAAGGAUAGCAAAAGAGAAAGCAGAUAUGGAGGAUUGGGAACUAGAAUACUGGCCUCACAGAAUCCCUUUUCAAGAAAUCGAUGUAGCAACAAAAAGUUUUUCCGAUGAAAAUGUGAUCGGAAUCGGUGGAAACGGGAAGGUCUACAAAGGGGUCAUCGGAGGCACAGAAAUCGCCGUGAAAAGAAUCGCCCAUGACAACAACGACGGCGUCAGAGAGUUCUUGGCGGAGGUCUCAAGUCUCGGAAGACUAAAACACCGGAAUCUCGUCGGAUUAAGAGGGUGGUGCAAGAAAGAAAAAGGUAGCUUAAUCUUAGUUUACGAUUACAUGGAAAACGGAAGUUUAGACAUAGUGUUAUUCGAUCGGAAAGAUGACACCAAGAUCUUGAAUUUCAACGACAGAAUGAGAAUCUUGAAAGAUGUCGCAAAUGGGGUUUUGUAUUUACACGAAGGGUGGGAAUCGAAGGUUUUACAUCGAGACAUAAAGUCAAGCAAUGUGUUACUCGACAAAGAAAUGAACGCAAAAUUAGGCGAUUUCGGGUUAGCCCGGAUGCACCAACACGGACAAGUUGCGACCACCACUCGGGUGGUCGGAACCGCCGGAUACCUAGCGCCGGAGGUGAUUAAAACCGGUCGCGCCUCCACACAAACCGACGUUUUCAGUUUCGGAAUCCUAAUUCUCGAAGUAAUAACCGGGAAACGACCGAUAACAGAAGGAACAAUCGCUUUAGUCAAUUGGGUAUCCCAAUUGAUGGAACAGGGCAAGCUUAUUUCCGCCAUGGAUGAGAAAUUAAAAGGUGAAGGUGGCGAAAUUGAAAUUGACGUUGAGGAAGUCGAAAUGGUGCUGCAUUUGGGGCUAUUGUGCGCACAUCCCGAUGCGAAAAUGCGACCGACGAUGAGACAGAUUGUGAAGGUGUUAGAAGGGGAGAGGAGGAAGGAAGGAGAUGAAUCUGAAGGUGAAGGUGAAGAAAUGGAGGUUUACUUGUUGGAGAAGAUGAAAUCAAAGGAUUUGUGGACGAAAUAUGCGCAGACGUUGAGUUCAGGAUCAGGGUCGUAUUCGCAUCCGAAGUUUGGGGAGGGACAGGAGAAAUUGAAAUUUGAAAGGGGAAGGGAUGAUAUUGAUUGA